CGCUCCGGCUGCAGCGUCGGCUGCAUCAAUAAUUCAGAGCGGCGACAGCGGCGGGUGCAGGCAGGAGGCGGCUGCAGCUGCGGGUGCGGAGCAGCAGCGGGAAUGCGUCCAAGUGCGGUUGGGCAGCCGCGGCACCCCUGAGGCCCGGGCGGGGCGCCCGGAGCAGCGCUUGGGGGGGCACGUCGGUCCCGGAGUGCAAGAAGAAGAGCAUCAGUGUGCAGAGCGGCCCGCGUCGGCGGAGCUGCGCGCGGAUCCGGGGAGGGGGCUUCGGAGCGGGGCUGGGGCGGGGGGGCGGCUGGCGCAGGCAGCCCCCGGGGCGGGGGCGGGGUGGGCGCCGGUGCCGCGAUGCUUGGCGCCGUGGAGCUGCUGCUGCUGGGGGCGGCGUGGCUGGCGGGCCCGGCCCGUGGGCAGAAUGAGACGGAGCCCAUCGUGCUGGAGGGCAAAUGCCUGGUGGUGUGCGACUCCAACCCCACGUCCGACCCCACGGGCACGGCUCUGGGCAUCUCUGUGCGCUCUGGCAGCGCCAAGGUGGCUUUCUCAGCCAUCAGAAGCACCAACCACGAGCCAUCCGAGAUGAGUAACCGCACCAUGAUUAUCUACUUCGACCAGGUACUAGUGAACAUCGGGAACAACUUUGACUCGGAACGCAGCACUUUCAUCGCCCCGCGCAAAGGAAUCUACAGUUUUAACUUCCACGUGGUGAAAGUCUACAAUAGACAGACUAUCCAGGUGAGCCUUAUGCUAAAUGGGUGGCCAGUGAUUUCAGCCUUCGCUGGUGACCAGGAUGUGACACGAGAGGCUGCCAGCAAUGGGGUACUAAUCCAGAUGGAGAAAGGCGACCGAGCCUACCUCAAGCUGGAGCGGGGGAACUUGAUGGGAGGAUGGAAGUACUCGACCUUCUCUGGGUUCCUCGUGUUCCCCCUCUGACUGGCUCAACAUGGAAUGGAGAAGGAAGAGGAGAAGGCUGAAGCAGGCAGGAGGGCUGGGGGUGGGGGGAUGAGACAGAGGCUGAAAUUUAGAGGACAGAAAGCAGUACAACUUGAAACUUCCUACACAAUGCCCAAUUGCAUCCUGGUAAAAGGUGCACCAAGUCGGACAAGGUGGGGUGACUUUACUCCUUAGGCCAAGUAGUAAAUUCUGCUUAGCUCUGCACACUCCCUCCUCCAAAAGUCUCCCACAUUCCAAUUGCAGUAAUCCAGAGAGACUGCCUUGCCAUUGUUUCUUAACCCCCAUGUUCACAUUUCCUUCAAUUUAUAUAAAAGCGACUUUGUAUUUCACUGUAUAAUGUGAAAUAACUUCCUCUUCAGUAUUCCCGUCUCAAUCUUUCCAUCUACUGAAAUCUAACUGCCUCUCCUUCCUUUUCAGUUUAUUUAUUUUGGGGGGAGUGAGGAGUAAGGUUUUUAUUAUUGUUAUUAUUCUGGAUGGGAGAGGUAGUUUUAACUGGGCAAGUAUUGCUAUUCUUAAAACACUGCUCAAGAGUUAAUUAGCUGAAAAUACACCAUGUCCUUGGUGUCUUGUUAGCGGAAAAAAGACUCAUUGUAGUGGUGACUGGAUUGAAAACAUAUAUAUAUAUAUAUAUAUAUAUAUAUAUAUAUAUAUAUAUAUAUGUAUAUAUGUGUGUGUGUGUAUAAAUAUAUAUCAUUUGUACGCCAAGAACUUUUCCCAGUGGACACUGGCCGUUAAUUCCGUAUUUCUAUGUCCUAUUUGGAGUGAUCGUGAAAUCUAAGGCUGCUUGAUGUCCUGAUGCUUGUCAGUGCCCUCGUGUUCUGUGGCUCCAGUAAAUGCCAGGAGGUUCCUCAGGACGCUUCCUCAUCCUCUGUAACAUAUGUGUGAAUAGCCAAGAUUUAAUUUUGCUUUAAUCCAAUAAAGUCGAAGUGGGACUUUUAUUUUUCUGAAACAGCAUUUGGAACUCCGCAUCUUCCCUAGCUACAGGAUUGGGGGGGGGGGGGGCAGGGUGUGGACAGGCCAAUUUCAGAGGCCUUGGAGACAUGGGGGGAGGGAGGAUGCAGCCAGCCAAAACUGGCCUGCUCUGCUUCCUGCACCAGGCCUAGGACCAGCCUUGCCUUUGUCUUUGCUCCCCUGCUUGGGCGCCAACCUAAGAAAUUUGCCAAAUUCAAGCUAGACCAGGUAUGGCUGCCUAUCCAGAAGCAAAGUUUGGGUUUGGGAUUCUCAGUUCAAGUGCAUCAGGAAUCAUACCAAUUCAAGGAGCCAGAACCAGCCUGCCUUGAGCGGCAUGCUUCCCAUGCCUUCUGCCCGUGGAUGUCUCAAACCUUCGUGGACCCUCCCAGACAACCCCUCCCCGCCCCAUCUCAAAUCACAUGUUUUAUAACCACCUCUUCUAAAUCUGGAGUCCGCCCCACCGCAUUAGCCAAGCGCCCCGUACCUGUGACUGCGCACAUCGCUGAACUUUUAAACUCAAGAGGUUCGUCCAGGAAUUUUUGAUUGUCUCAGAAUAUAAUGUGAAAGCAAAAUUGAAAUAAACGACUUCGUUUUAA